UAUGCGCACUAAACACGCCUAAAAACAUUUCAUAUUCUAGCUAAAUUGUCUGCAUUGUUUAUUACCACAGGUGCUACAAUAAUUAAACUAAAGUCUUACGUUAAACGAUAAUCUGACUAAAAAAUGGCAGCAAAAGUUUCAGCAGGCAAUAACAAAGUGUUCCAAGCGGAUGAUGUACACAUCUCGUUUGAAGAUCAACAAAAAAUAAAUCGGUUCGCAAAGCAUAAUGCUCGUAUGGAUGACCUAAAAAUGGAGUUAGACAUGAAGAAAAAUGAUUUGAAGAGUGUCGAAGAAGCACUCGACGAGAUAGAGCUUUUCGACGAAGACGAGGAAAUACCAUUCUUGUUUGGUGAAGUUUUCCUGACACACAAAUUAACGAAAACACAGGAACUUUUGGCUACAGUUAAAGAAGAUACAUUGAAAGAAAUUGCAGCAAUUGAAGUGAAAGCAAAUGAAAUUAAAGCUGAAAUGAAUGAGCUAAAAUCGCAUUUAUAUCAACGAUUCGGUAGCAAUAUAUCGUUAGAGAGCGAAGAUUAAAUCCCGCUUUUCUGUUAAACUAAUGUUAACUUCAUGUUCAUCAUAAAUUAGUAACAUUAUUAAAAUUUCGUAUUAAAUAUUAA